AAAUAGUGAAAAUGUCGUCGUCCUCAGGUGUCCGCAAGUUUCUAAAUAGAAUCAAGAUGCUGUCGCAGGUAAGGCACCUCAACUUGGUAUCACCAAUCGGCUACUGCGACGAGGGCCAACAAAUGAUAUUAGUCUAUGAUUACAUGGUGCAUGGCAGCUUACAUGACCAUCUCUACAACUCAAAGAACAAUAUAACAUUAACGUGGAAAAGGCGCCUCCAAAUUUGCUUAGGCGUUGCCGUAGGAUUGCACUACCUUCACAUGGGCAAUGAGUACAACCCCGUCAUGCAUCGCGGAGUCAACUCCACAAACAUCCUACUGGAUGAGAAAUGGGUGGCCAAGGUUUCCUUCGGGCCAAGGUAUAUCGAACUACGACGGUCGACAGCAGAGGACGACGUGCACUACAUGGGCGUGGUGUUGUUCGAAGUGUUAUUCGCCAAGCCAGAGGAGCCGAUAAACUUGGACAAAUGUGUUGAAUUUUGUAAAAGGGAAGGGACACUUAUGGAAAAGGUUCAACCAUUACUUGGGGACGACACAAAACCAUAUAUUGAUUCUAAUCUGUACAAUCAAAUUGCCCCUAAAUGUUUGAAUAAAUUCGUCGAGACAGCCCUGUCAUGCAUAAAUGAAGAGCAAAGUAAGCGGCCGGCAAUGAACGACGUUGUUCGGAGCCUCGAGUUCGCGAUGCAGCUGCAAGUGGCGGAGGAUAAAGGCGGCCGCACAGCUUCCCUUCACUGAGCCUUCUUUCCCGCACCG